UUUUUGUAUACUUGCAUUUUAGGAAGAAAUUUCUUUUCGUCAGCAGCCGGUUCCCCGGAGCUGUACAUGAUCAACGUGUUUUAAGAAAAACUUUAUCUGUGAAGUUUAAUGAUUGGAGACCUUUUGAUGGUGCAAUAAUAAUAGGAGAUUCUGCCUAUGCUAAUACAGAUUGGCUUAUAUCAAUGAAGGAAGGAAGAGAAGGAUUACAAAAAUUAUUCUACGAGGCACUUGCUAAAACUCGUGUAAAUGUGGAACAACUAUUUGGUAUAUGGAAGAAUAGAUUUAUUUGUUUGAAAGGCGCUCAAGGCCAUGGACCAAUGCGUUUCAGAGACCCUAGUAUUUCCGCCAGUGUUGUUAUUGCUUGUGCAUGUUUACAAAAUUUUCAUGUUGAUUCUCGGAACGAGCAAGAAAACGAUGACAGUAAUUAUGAAGAAAUUGAAAUAAUUCCUGAGCAAAUUCAAAAUAAUGAACAAGAAAAUGAGAAUGAAGCAGCUUAUAGAUUUGAGGCACAAUUUCGUGCAUUUUGUGAAUUUAAUCAUCUUUAAUAAAAUUUUAUAUUUUAACAAAAUUUUUGAAAAAAAUCCUUAAUAAAUUAUUUCAUUAAACAAAAAAGAUCAAAGAUCGUCAAUAUCGUCAAGUUGGUACUGAGGCUGGUAAAGAAUAUCUUGCAAUUGUUGCUGUUUCUUUUUUAAGUGUUCAUUUAUUAUUACUUCUCCAUUAUUGUCAAAACUUGCUGGUAUGCCCAGUUGAGUUUUCUUUUCAAAAAUGAGAAGUUUUUUAUAUUCGAGAUCGGCUUUCAAAAUCUGUUGCUUUA